UCCAGCCAUGAAACUGCACCAUGCGCCUCCCCUGAGUGGGUUUGUAAUAACCACCGGGAAGACGGUCGUACUAUAUUAAAUCAUGGCAACGCCUGGCCGCCUGGGAGCCCCCGCGCUAUGAUUUUACUCCGUCUUCUCGCGUUUGUGGACGACCUCCGCUGCCGUUGUCCGUCCGCGAGGACGACUCUCAGCUCCCCAGAUGGACUAAGAAAUCAAGGAAGUAUGGAGGAGUAACUUGGGCCGAGUGGAGCAUAUUUUCUUUCAUCCUGCUGGAGCUACGACCUUUUCCGAUAUGGGCUUUCACGGAUAACAGGAUUUUAAGCGAAGUUGAAUGAUGGCAUCACGUUGGGUUCAUUCUUGCGAGGACGAUGAGAGGCAACAGUCAAGAUCUUCCUUCUGUGAGAAUGAAUCCCCAGAGUGGAGAAGCUCGGCCGAAUCUCCCGGCGCGCAAUACCCGACAGAAGAGGAGCCGUUCUCGUGGCCGCGGCCUAAAACCGUGCGCUUGCGGCGUACUUCCCAUGGGUUUGGCUUCACCCUGCGGCACUUCAUCGUGUACCCACCGGAGUCCACCAUGCACUGCUUCCCGGAGGAAGAUCACGGCCACAGAGGGAGGCAACGGAAUAAGCUCGAACCGAUGGACACCAUCUUCGUGAAGCAAGUCAAGGAAGGAGGCCCCGGCCACGGAGCUGGGCUUUGCACAGGGGAUCGAAUAGUGAAGGUGAAUGGAGCAAGCAUCAUUGGGAAAGCCUACUGUGAGGUUAUAUCCUUGAUCCAAGACAGUGGUGACUUUCUAGAACUUUGUGUGAUGCCAAAAGAUGAGGAUAUACUGCAACUGCCGUUUUCUCUGGAAACUACGAAUCCGGCCUACUCCCAGGAUGCUUACCUCCGUUGCCGCAGCAGCUACAGUGGAAAUGCCCGUCACAUUCCUGAGCCGCCCCCGGUAUGCUACCCCCGAGUAGACUGUAAGCCUCCGGGCAUGGCCCAGGCGACAGACGGAGCAGGGCAGGUCUGCCGUGGGCCAUCGGCACCUCCUGAUCAUGGGUACCGCAAGGAGAUCACGGUGCCCCCAUCCCCUCCUCCUCCUCAAUCAUAUCCAAAAAGCCAGAUGGCGGUGUGCAUGCGCAACGACAGCGUGCGGACUGUGGUGGUUCCUCCUGACUCAGCCCAAAUCGGGCGCAUGGGUCCAACACAUAGGAUAGAUUAUAUGGACCCUGUGUUUGCCAGAGGAAGGCCUGGGUCACUGGCCCAGUAUCCUCAACCUCGAAAGGCUGAUGGGCAUCCCAGUGGUCCAGGAAUGGUCCAAUAUGGAGGUCAGCAACCUCACUACCCAGGCAACAAUCAAAACAUUGAUUGGCGCACUUAUCAAACGUACAGGGAGUACAUUGACAACAAAGGAAUCCAUUCCCAUGGUAGUCGGACUAUCCAGGAGAGAUUGGACAAUUUGCGAGCAUCCAGUCAGACCGCCUUUGGUGCUACUCAUCACAUUCCCCGGGGAGACUGGGGCCCAAAGGGGCUACGACGGAGGAGUACUUCCCAUGAACGGUCAUACCAAGGACCGCCACCCAACUUUCAGAUUGCCCCACGCAGUGCUUCGCAGGACCGCGUGAGCGGUGCAGAGAGAAUGGGCCAGACCAGGAACUGGCCUCCUCGAAGUGCGUCGCAGGACGGCCUGAUGCACAAAGCGAGGGCUCACUCGACAGAUUACGUUGACCCUGGAGAGCUGCCUCGGCACAAUGAGAGGAGAGGAGGGUACGUAAGGGCCGACCAAGGUACGAGGCCCAGCAGACCGUCUGUCCCCAGACACGCCAUGCCCCACAGACCCUCUGCUGGAUACAGCGGUGGCAUGAGGGGGCCACCCAACCCUUCUCUUUACUCUAAAGGACCAGAUUCCCUUCAGGCCCGCUCCUCGCCCAUGCUCUUAGACAGACACUCACAUUAUGUAAAGAACACAGGGGCUGAACAUUCUCAUAUUGACCAAAGAGUUGCAGUCAAAGGACAACAUGCAACUCGCACUACCCAACAAGGCCAGAGCCGGCUCAGGGCUGAAAUCAUGCAGGCUGUUGAGGCAGGUAUAGAUACAGCCUUGUUGGAGCACAGGUCUUCUUCGUGCUCCACCCCGAAACGCAUGCCUCAGAGGCCGAGCAUCCUCAAGCCACCCCAUGCAGUCCCGCAGAGUCAGGUGAAUGGGCGAAGCCCCUCGGAGGGUGGCGUCAUCCUCAGGGAGAAGCCCCCUCCUGGAAAGAACCCCAGCCCUUUGCGGCAUCACUCCUACAUCCUGGCGGUGAACGACGACGGACCGGAUUCCACGGCAGACGCAGCGGCGUGCUGGCUCCCCAACGACGCACGCCGAGAGAUACGCAUGCGCCGCCUCGAGGAACAAUGUCACACCUCCUGCUCCAGCAACCUGGACGAGUCUCUGGACUCCAUCCCAUUCAUCGAUGAGCCAAUAAGCCCCAGUGUGGACCGGGAUGCCCCUCCGAUCCCGCCCUCCGCGGUGAUAUCUGUGGCACCAUCCAUAGCAACAGGUCCUUCCAGCCCAGGAUCACCAUGCCCUCCGAUUCGUCGUCAGCUGUCACAUGACCAAGAGUCCCUGAGAAGUGCUCUGCUGGAGUCUGACGCCGCCAGCAAAACAGAGCGGUCCAAAUCUUACGACGAGGGCCUGGAUAACUACCAGGAGGAGGGAAGACGGAGGUCUUCCAGUAAGAACGUGCCCGGUCUCAGGGGCCUGAAGAAGGCUUUGGAUGGACACAAAUCUCCUGGAGAUUCUGGAUCUCAAAGGGAUUCUUCUUCAGAUAUCUAUGCCAAUUCUUCCAAAGAAGGGUUACUCACUUUGAGGCAACUUGGUACAGAUAAAAACAAGCGUGUCAGUGGAGGAAUGAGAUCAUGGAAACUGAUGUAUGCUGUUUUACAAGGUCACACUCUAAGCCUCUACAAAGACAGGAAGGAUGCACUGUCGCAUGCUUCGACGCCAUCUGACGAGGACCCGCUGCGAGUCAGCAUCACGGCCUGUCUGGUCGACAUCUCCUACAGCGACACGAGACGCAAGAAUGUGCUGCGACUCACCACCUCAGACUGCGAGUACUUGUUCCAGGCGGAAGGGAGGGAAGACAUGCUGUCUUGGAUCCGGGUCAUUCAGGAAAACAGUAACCCAGAUGAAGAGAACGCUGCUGUCACAAGUCAGGACUUGAUCAGUCGAAAGAUCAAGGAAUACAACAUGAUGAGUACACCCAGCAACAGGUCUGAACCGUCCCCAAAAGCUUCCCGUCAAUCCCUCAGUAUCAAACAAGCCUUCCUGGGAGGUAAAUCAGAAGGCAAGUUCCACAGCCCUCAUUCCCCCAAAACAGGAGAGGAUAGUUGGAUGAGAGAUGACUCCAGCCCACCACGGGACAGAGGUGCGUGGAAAAUCGGCAUUGCCGGGAUCAUGAGGAAGCCCUUCGAAAAGAAGACUCCCGCCGGGGUCACGUUCGGCGUGCGGCUUGACGACUGUCCAGCUGCACCAACCAACCGGUUUGUUCCUCUGAUCGUGGACGUGUGCUGUAAGGUGGUGGAGGACAGAGGCCUGGACUACAAAGGAAUCUACAGAGUGCCUGGCAACAACGCUGCCAUCUCCAGCAUGCAGGAGGAGCUCAACAGCAAAGGCAUGACUGACAUCGACAUCGAGGACGACAAAUGGCGAGACCUCAAUGUCAUCAGUAGUUUACUUAAGUCCUUUUUCCGAAAACUUCCAGAACCGCUGUUUACAAAUGAAAAGUAUGGAGAUUUUAUUGAAGCCAACCGAACAGAAGACUCGGUGGAGAGAUUAAAGGAGCUCAAGAGGCUGAUACUAGAAUUACCUGAUCAUCACUUUGAGACUCUGAAGUUCCUCUGUGCUCACCUCAAGAAGGUUUCUGAAAACUGUGAAAAGAACAAGAUGGAGCCUCGUAACCUGGCGAUUGUGUUUGGUCCGACGCUGGUCAGAACCUCUGAGGACAACAUGACCAACAUGGUCAAUCACAUGCCUGACCAGUGCAAGAUCGUGGAGCACUUUAUCCAGCAAUACGACUGGUUCUUCACCGACGAUGGGGAUGAAGACCCUGUGCCGCUCCCUCCUCGCGGGGCUCAGACCACGGCGGAGCAGGACAGCACGGUGCACUCUCAGCCGGUGCCCAACAUCGACCACCUGCUCUUCAACAUCGGGCGCACCACAGCUUCACCGGGCGAAGUCUCAGAUUCAGCAUGUAGUGACUCCUCCAAAUCAAAGCAGGGCUUGUGGGGGUCGGGGAAGGAUCAGUGUAGCAAAGAGAUGCUGCGCUCCUCCUUCUUCGCCAGUCGCAAACGCAAGAAGCCCAAGGACAAAGCUCACCCGAGCAGUUCGGACGACGACCUGGACGCCGUGUUCACCAAGCAGGAGCUCGCCGAGGAGAGCAAGCGGCGGCCCGCGUGGUCCCCGGGCCGCCGCACCGAGGGCGAGGGGCAGACGGGUGAAACCGGCGAGAAAGACGAGCGACGGCCGGAGAAGCCCGAGAGGAAAGAGUCUCUCUCCUGCGGCCCGAUGGCGCCGCCCUCUCCCUCCCCGCCUCCAGAACACAUUCCCUGCGCCUCGCCGGACCUCGGCUACCGCGAGCCGACGGCCCGCCAGUCCUCUCUGUCGGACCCGCCCUCCAACUACGACGACGCGGUGUCGGACCUCGGCACGAUGAACAGCACCAGCUCCCAGGCGUCGGUGCCCAGAGCGCGGCGAGGCAAGGCGGCGGCGCCGCCGGGUCCGGACGCUUGCCCCAGCGGGCCGGGAGCGGAGGUCUGCUCCAUCACCUCCGACUACUCCACCACCUCCUCCAUGACGUUCCUGACGGGAGCCGAACUCGGCGCCCUCGGCCCCGAGGCGCAGUCGGUGGCGGAGAGCCGGGGCGGAGACGACGCGGACGACGAGAGGAGCGAGCUCGUCGGCGAGGGGCGGCCGACGGAGACGGACAGCGAGAGCGACCUGUCGGUGUUCGCGGUCAGGAAGCCGGAGCAGCGGGAGGCUCCUCGAGCCCUCCCCUCCUCCAGACUCAUCGAGGGCGACACGCUCUCCAGGAAGAAGGCCGCUCAGCAGAAAACCGUCAGCGAGUCGUCGCUGGACGCCGCGUGGAGCGAGAGAGAGUCCAGCGGGCCGCCGCGGGUGCUGGGCUCCGCCGAAGGCCGCUCCACGGGGAGCCUCAGCUCCUCGUCCCGCGGCGAGCCGGACAAGGCGGAGCCGCCGUGGAAGCUCAAGAUCACCGACAGACUGAAGGUGCGCCUGCGACUGUCCGCCGACGACAUGUUCGGCGUGGGCAGCCAGAGGAGCCGGUCCCCCGAGGGCCGCAGCAAGAAGAAGAACAUCCGGCGCCGGCACACCAUGGGCGGCCAGAGGGACUUUGCCGAGUUGUCCGUUUUGGGCGACUGGCACGUCGGCAUCGGCUCCCGGUCGGAGCUGUCGGCCGUGGACCAGCUGAGGCCCAAGUGCAGCUCUCAAGACUUUUCCAUUCGGGACUGGAUCGUCCGCGAGCGCCACCGCACCAGCAACCCCGAGGUCAGCGUGGACCUCUCCGAACAGCAGGGGGCGCCGGGCGCCGCCGGCUCCCCGAGCCUCGCGGCCUCGUCCGCGUCCAACGGAGACGCCCCGCCGAGCAAAGACCUGAGCCUGUCGGCCACCGCUCACCCUCAUAAACUCACUAAUUCCCAGGUGGUCCAUUCGCGCUUCUACCAAUACCUGUGAGAGGUGUUGGACGUGUGUGUGUGUGUGUGUGUGUGUGUGUGUUCUCCGUCUGUGAGGUGUGUCCCGACUUGGGAGUCUCGAGUGUGCAACACUUUGAUUCCUGCUUUCUCGUACUUGAGUCUGUCGGCGUAAUGUGUGUUGUGUUCGAGAAUGAGCAUGUUGUAAAAGGAAUCAUUGUCUGGAGUGUGUGUGUGUGUGUGGGUCUGUAACUGAUGUGCGUGCGUAUGUGUGUGUGUGUGUGUGCUUCCGAAAAGAGAAUUACUGCACACAGGGACCGUCGAUCUUUCUCAUGUAUGAGGCAUGAAACUAAACGGUGUUUCUACCUUCUUUUUUUAAUUAUUUCUCUAUUUUUAAAAUGAAAAAUGACGAUUCCGAGGACCUGUCGCUCAUGAAGCAAGGAGCACGUGAAGUGUGCUGGGAGGUGUGAGCGGUCGCCCUCGAGCGGAGAUUGUUUCAGAGUUUAGCGAAGUGGCUUUAAGGAUGAACUGACUUAGAGAGAAUAGGAAGUAGUCAAAAAUAAGAUUUUAGUUUUGCAGAGGAACUAUUUUUGUGUAAAGAAAGUUAUUAUGUUCAUGGUCGGCGAGUCUCUCGGUAACCAAAUGAAGAAUGUACAGACGUGCCGUCACACCGACUCCAAGCUUUAGAGGCUCGUGUUUCACUCUGAAGCGGACGCACCGCGGCGUCGGUACGGCCAGCGUGUGAACCGCCGACGAGCGAAGGGACUUUCCAAAGGUACGAAGGGGACGAGGAGACGAGGAGACGCUGGAUUUAUGCAAAUAGCAACCGAGUUCCCGUUCAUCCCAGCCGCGUGGCUUCAGAGCGGCGCUCGGCGUCCUCUCAGCGUCUCGAGCGUUCGCGGUUCACACAUCUGGCGGCGGCCGGCGGUCGAAUGCACAGAGGAAGGAAAAGUGUGAAGAAAAGGAAAAUGGGUCUUGGAAUCAGAAGAUCUUGUUUAGUCUUUUCCCAAUAGGAAGUGCCUCACAAUGAAUUGUUAAGGGUGCCAUAUUGUCUUUGUUGAGAUACGAAGAUGUUACUGUGAACGACAUUUUUAUCAUGGACUCUCAGUCAUUCUCGAGGUUACGUAACAAAAUGUCGAGCUUCCAUUCCCGAGGCAUUCCACUCUGGUCUUAACAUGUUUUAUACUCUUUUAUUUUUUUCUCUCUCCAUGUUUUUUUAAUUUUUAUUUUAACAGAACUUGAAUUUUAAAUGUUUCUUGUAUAAAAACAAAAAAAGUAACUUAAAUGUAAAUAUAAAUGCCAUGUUUUAGCUGCUUUUCUUUUCAUUUCCAUCAGAUUGCAACAUUAAGGUUCAGUCUUGUGAGCCGGUGAUGCUCACGGGGCCUGUGUGGGUGUUGUGGGCGGUUUGGUACUUCUGAGGUCCUGCACGGGGAGACGCUUCAUUGAGCCGGACCGCGGACCGACGCUGUGUUCCUCUGUGCACAGACUCCUGAAACACUGGAAAUAAAUUUUGUCAAUGGCAAA